CAUAUCAGAAGUUCGGCCGAGAAUCACAAUUCCCUUGACUGGGAAUCAUGUUCCGUUUGGUCUCAGUAUAGUGGUCCAAGAGAGGUACUGUCUCCGUUGAAAGCUUACUUGCAUUGUUCAUUGAACUUCCUGUUUCGUCCAUAAAAUCAAUCCCACCCCAUUCAAGCAUGGUUCAACGAUGGAGCAAAUCAUAUAGCACACACGAUAAUGGUGUAUGAACCUCGGAAUGUGACCAUCACAAGCCUCUUUCUUUUAUCCUCGUUGAUUGCAGGUAUCUAAAGAAAUUGUCUUGGAUGCACAUGCAUACAUCAAUUCCAUCGCCUAAUUUUAGUCAGUCAGUUUUUUAUAUUAUAAGCUCUCUCUUCCCAUCAAAUUACUCUAGAAGGACCUACUUUCUUAAAGAUUAGCUGCCAAAUUCUACUUGACUGGCUGCACACCCCUUGCGAUGUCGCUACUCAAGGUCAUCUUCUUGCUUGUCUCGUUGUCGCUGUUGGGGUUCGGGCAAGCUAAAUUACCUUCAUUCAUACAUAAGGCUCCACUCAUUCCUCCUUCUAGCGAGGAAACAACCGUGAAAAGAGAUUCGGUUCCUGCAGGAUAUGUUGCUGCUCCAUACUACCCCACGCCGAAAGGUGGUUGGGAUAGUUCCUGGGCGGCAUCCUAUGCAAAGGCACAAACCGUUGUGGCACAAAUGACUUUAGCUGAAAAGGUCAAUCUUACUACUGGAGUUGGAGAGCUAAUGUACAGAUGUGUUGGAAACACAGGCUCUGUACUAAGAUUCGGCAUUCCUAGUCUCUGUUUACAAGACUCGGCACUUGGCGUAGCUGCGACCGAUAACAAUACAGCUUUUCCCGCUGGUAUUACCACAGGUGCGACUUGGAGCAAAGCUUUAGCCUAUGAAAGGGGUCUUGCGCUAGGUGCAGAAGCACGAGGAAAGGGGGUUAACAUUAUUCUGGGUCCUACGGUUGGUACGUACAACAAGCAGUUAGCAAAUACCCAUUUUGAAGACACUCCUUGAGCUGAGAAUUCGCAACGUCCAAAUUUCUGACCAUCUUUAGCUCCGACUGGAAGAAAGCCACGUGGUGGUCGAAACUGGGAAGGAUUUGGCGCUGGUAAGAGCUGAGGAAAAUUCUGUCGUCGAAAUUUAAGACUAAGAUUAGUGAUUUUAGAUCCUGUGCUUCAAGCAGCGGGAGGCGCCCAAACAAUCAAUGGAAUUCAAGCGAAUGGUGUCAUCGCUACGAUCAAACACUUCAUUGGAAAUGAACAGGAAGCAUUCCGAAUGGAUAUCAUUCCCCAUGGUUUGAUGAAAGCCCUUAGCAGUAACAUCGAUGAUAGGUAUGCACAUUCCUCAAUGAUAUCUUACCCAAACUAAUUUGCAGAACUCUUCACGAGCUUUACAUGUGGCCCUUCGCGGAAGGUAUUAGAGCCGGCGUCGGAGCUGUUAUGACAAGUUAUAAUGAGGUGAGUAACUGUUUAUCACAAUUAUAUGAGUGGAUGAACGUUCGCAUGAUGUUUCGAGAUGAAUAUUAAAUCAAGUGAUCGUCUAAGUGAACCAUUAAUCGGUCAAUGAAUGAGACCUCUUUCAAUAGUGCAGUCCUUGAUUGACUCAUGGCACAACUCCAUAUUUAUCAUACCAUCUUAAUGAAGACCUCGAUAGCUUUUUACUGACAGAAGUAGGUCAAUGGGAGUGCGGCAAGUCAGAAUUCAUACCUAAUUAACAACCUGCUUAAAGACGAACUUGGGUUUCAAGGCCUGGUAAGGAUAUACAUCUCAGUAGUCCAAAUAAUUCUAACGACCUACAGGUUAUGUCAGAUUGGCUAUCACAAAUUGGCGGUGUAUCGUCUGCUCUAGCUGGUCUGGACAUGGCCAUGCCUGGGGAUGCACAAAUUCCUUUUCUUGGCGAAGCAUAUUGGGCGUAUGAGCUCUCAACUGCGAUUUUGAAUGGAACAGUUCCAGUUGAUCGACUGAAUGACAUGGUUACUCGAAUUGUGGCAACUUGGUUAGUGUUCAUUCCGGGUGGUGUCCCUUGGAGCACCUUCCGACUCCAGACGAUAGCCUUUGAGAUUUCAUGAGUAUCUGUCAUCUGGGCUUCUGGCUAAUAUUAAAUCUUAAAUAGGUACCAACUUGGACAGGACAAAAGCUACCCACAACCGAAUUUCUCUGCAAACACUUUAGACACUACGGGACCAUGUUACCCAGCAGCAUUAAUUUCUCCUACAUGCACAGUAAAUGAACAUGUAAAUGUCCAAGCCGAUCAUGCUGUCGUUUCUCGAAACAUCUCAAGAGAGGCAAUAACCCUAUUGAAGAAUGUCAACAAUACAUUACCACUCUCAACCUCGGCUACUUUGAAAGUUUUUGGUUCCGAUUCCGCAAAUAACCCUUCCGGGCCUAAUGCUUGCAAUCAGAGGGGCUGUGAUACUGGCGUUCUUGGUAUGGGAUGGGGUUCCGGUAUGUUCCACGCAUAAUUAAUAGUCUUCCAAUGUUGUGGUACACUAACUCAAGCUUAUAGGUACUGCUAACUACCCUUACCUUGAUGCGCCCAUCGAUGCAAUUAAGCGAAAAGCUGCCAAUGUUUAUAGCUCAACCAGUGAUAGCUUUCCAUCCGGUCUGACUGCGUCGCCUGGAGAUAUUGCCAUCGUAUUUAUCAACAGUGAUUCUGGAGAGAAUUCCAUAACCGUGGAAGGGAACGAUGGAGAUCGUUCAUCGUCAGGGUUGUAUGCAUGGCACAACGGUGAUGCACUUGUUGAGGCCGCUGCAGCAAAGUACUCCACCGUAGUGGUAGUUGUUCAUACAGUAGGACCAAUUCUUGUUGAGAACUGGAUAGACCUCCCUUCAGUAAAGGCGGUACUUUUUGCCCAUUUACCGGGUCAAGAAGCUGGGAAUUCACUGACGGACAUCCUUUUCGGCGAUUACUCGCCUAGUGGCCAUUUACCUUACUCAGUUCCUGUCAAAGAAAGCGAUUACCCAGCCUCCGUUGGCCUUGUUGGAUUCGCGCUUGGCCAGGUUCAGGAUACUUUUUCUGAAGGUUUAUAUAUUGAUUAUAGAUACCUCAACAAGCAUUCCAUCAGCCCUCGUUUUCCAUUCGGGUACGGACUUUCCUACACCACAUUCUCUAGAACGGUCACUCUCACAGCCGGUAAAGCACUUACAUCGCUUCCUCCGGCCCGUGCAGCGAAAGGUUCAACACCGACAUAUAGUACGGCCAUUCCUCCAGCUUCUGAAGUCGCAUGGCCAGCAGGUUUCAAUGCCGUAUCACGAUAUCUCUAUCCAUACCUCACAAAUCCCUCAAGUAUUACUCCAGGUACAUUUGUCUAUCCUACUGGCUAUACCAAUGUUUCCAAACCCGAUCCUCCAUCUGGUGGAUCACAGGGAGGAAAUUCCGCACUCUGGGAUACCAUGUUCACUUUUUCCGUCACAGUUACCAACACCGGUCUUGUGGCUGGUAAAUCGGUCGUCCAGCUUUACGUCCAAUAUCCCUCUGAUUCUCCUUAUGACACUCCCAUUAUUCAGCUUCGUGAUUUUGCUAAGACGGAUACAUUGGCACCGAAUGCAAAACAGGUCGUAUCGCUUACGGUUACCAGGAAGGAUAUCAGUGUUUGGGAUGUGAGAAAACAGAAUUGGGUUAUACCUGUUUCUACUAGUAAACCAUUCUUGUUUUGGGUGGGAGAUAGUUCGGGGAACUUGACGUUGGCUUGUGAGAGUAUUAGUGGGACAUGCAGUUCGGGUAGGACACCGCCUGUGGUUUAAAGGUUUCUUUUCUUCGAUGUGAAGGGCGACGAUAUAUUACACUUGAUCGCGAGGAUGCAUAUUCGGGUUGAUUUAGGGAAAAUGUAAUAUCUCUCUUGGUAAUUCAAAGGACGAAUACCAUAACUGAAUUAUACAUAUUUCAUUAUUCUCGACGUAAUGAAAGUCUCAAUUGCGUCUGUCUUCGUUAAAGAUAGCCCUCCUGGAUCAACAGUAGGUGCGGACACUAGUUAGUUCCUUCUUA